UUCAUAUUUUGUUCCAUGUAUCGACUUUCGUUAUUAAAAUAAAUUCAACAAUUUAAAAUAUCAUGGAAUAGCACAAACAAUAGAGAAAAAGAAGUAGUACGUUAUAAAUAGUAGGGACAACAUAUUGAUGGAGGGGAUUCCAAACCCAUUUUAUCACAUAAUAAAAAAUGCUGGCAGGUACAACAAAAGAUCAAAAAACGUUAGAUGAAUUAGAAUGGAUUCAAGUAGUACGUACUGAGUUGAAUGAAAAUGCUAAUAUCAAACAGCCGAAAGGAGCAAUACAAAAAUUCAAAGAGAAUCCUUUAGUACCUAUAGGUGCUACAGCAACUGUAGCUGCUCUGAGUUAUGGCUUGUACAAUACUUUUAUAGGGAAUAGUCAAAUGGCGCAAUAUAUGAUGCGUAGUCGAGUUGCAGCACAAGCUUUCACUAUUAUAGCCAUGGUUGGUGGACUCAUAGUUAUGGGGAAAAAACCAAGAGUUAACAAUCCAAUAUUAUGAAUAAUUUUAUUAAGUUCGUUUACACAAAUGUCAAAUGACAAAUCUUAUUGAAGAAAUACCUAUAAGAUUUUAAUGAAAUGAAUAAUGGUAUGAGAGUAUACUAUCAUUGAUGCAUUAUUAUAAUAUUUAAAGAGAAAUUUAGGUGAUAUAUUUAAAAUACCUAUUCUCGAAAAAAUGCAUAGGUAAGUCGGUUCUAAAAAUAAAAUUGGCAUUUCUAUAUAUUCAAAUUUUUACAAUUUUUAUUCUUAUAUUAUUCACAGGUUUUAAUAACUAUAAUUUUUAUUACUUAGAAAAUAUUAAUAUACUUGAAAUAAAACUUUUAUGUAGAGCAAA